AUGCCCCAAUUAAUCGUAUCGCUGCUACGUGCCAGCAAUUUACCCGUGGCCGACACUUUUGUCCAAGGAAGUGCGAGUGACCCUUUCGUGACUUUCCAGUUAGGUGAUGAAUAUCUUUGCUCUUCAUGUGUGAGCGGAUCGCUUAAUCCCGUGUGGCAGCCAGCCGAGACGGUCGAGUUCGAAUUGCCACACAUGUCGCAGAAAACGGAGCGUCAAUUGGUGGUCCAAGUAAUGGACAAUGACAGCUUCAAGAUGGACGAUUUGAUGGGAGAAUUACGUCUUUCAUUGUCCACCUUUGAACGACGACCCAAUGAAGCAGUUGUCGGGACAUAUGAACUUGUAGUUCCGGAAGCAUUAAAGGAAGCGUCCAAGUCGCCAGACAAGAAGACAACGAUCCAGUUGGACAUUUGUUAUGCAGAAGAGACGGAUGGACAGAAGACAUUGUGUGUCUGGGAGAAUGAGGACUAUGUGGAUGGCAAGUGGACACCUUCACACAACAAAGAACGUCGUCAUUGGAGUUCUUUUGACUUGCAGACAUCAUCGGAUACUUUUGAUCAUGUGGCACCAAAAGUGCCAGAAGGACUUGAAGCAGCUGGAUGGGCCUAUUCGACCAAGAAGGGGGAUGACCAUGGAUGGGUCUAUGCCAGUACUUACACGGGUCCUUGGGCGUCCGUGUCGUCGCCUGUGUGCUACGCACGUCGCCGUUUAUGGCAGAAUAAUUGCCGUCCUGCAAUUGCCUGCGAGUAA